AUGGAGGACCUGUACGAGACCAAGUUUGAUCCGGAGACCUACCUGAAUGAGUUCUACCUGAUGACGGGAAAAAACAGGCGUUUUGCAUCUUUUAUGUUGUGCCAGCUGAGCCAGACCUUUUCAUCAGGCAAAUACAAGGGCAAGAGGCUGAUUGAAAUUGGGACAGGUCCUACCAUCCACACUCUGAUCAGCGCCUCUGCCCACUUUGAGGAGAUCGUGGUGUCUGAUUAUGCCGAAGUCAACAGAAGGGAGGUAGAAAAAUGGUUAAGAGAUGAGGAGGGCUGCUUCAACUGGAAUCGCCAUAUUCAGUUUGCUUGUGAUGUCGAGGGGAGAAGGACUCCGGCAGUCGUUAAAGAGACUCUCCGCCAGAAGAUCAAGCACGUCCUAAAAUGUGACGUCAACCUGGAGAAUCCAUUCCAGCCGUUAACAGUAGAGCCUGCAGACUGCAUCAUAUCAUCUCUCUGUCUGGAGGCUGCCUGUAAAGACCGGGAGGCCUACAGGCGCUCACUGGAAGCUGUGGUGGGUUUGCUGCAGCCUGGAGGAGUCCUGGUGAUGAUUGGAGAUCUUAGUGAGACUUUCUAUACAGUGGGGGAUCAGAGGUUCCCCGUGGUCAGCCUGAGCCAAGAAUUUAUUGAAGAUACACUCUGUGAGUUGGGCAUGUCUGUGCAGCACUUCAAUCGGCAGAAACUUACGAACACAGAAGACAGAAGUGAUAUUGAGGCAAAUUUCUACUUAGUUGCUCAUAAAGAAUAA